AUGGCUCUCCGAAGCGUAGACUUUGAAGUGUAUGGCCGGGUUCAAGGAGUAUUCUUUAGGAAGUUCACAAAAGAGCAAGCGGAGAAAUUAGCACUGAAGGGCUGGUGCCGUAAUACUUCUCGAGGAACUGUGGAGGGACAGGUUCAAGGUCCAUCGGAGAAAGUUGAUGAAAUGAUGCAAUGGCUCAAAACCACUGGAAGUCCGAGUAGUAAGAUUGAAAAAGCUGAUUUCAAGAACGGCAAAGAUAUAUCCGAAUAUAAUUUUAGCAAUUUCGAAAUUCGACGCGAUGAUUAG